AACAUGCAUGCAACAUACGGAGGCAACCACUGCGGUAACAGCAGCAGCAACAUUUGCAAUCAGCAAAUCAACAACUUCAAUAACAUCAACAGCAAUAACAACAACAACAACAACAUGCAUUCAAGCGGUUUCCUCGGCGCCGGCUGCAGCAGCAGCAACGACAGUGGCGGCGGCAGUGUUAGUGGCAGCAACAGCAGCGAUUACAUGGCCAAUGCGACUGCUGCAUAUGCGACACAAGCGACAGCAGCAACAAUGACAACCACAACAACAACCACAAUGCCACACAAUGUGAGUACAACAACGAUGCUGUCUAAUUACUGCGACGCUGCCACAAUGAUGAUGGCUGCUGCCGCUGUCAAUGCAAAUCAAUGCCUGCAGCAACACCACCAGCGACUGCUGCUGGCCAGUAGCAAUACUAGCAGCAACCAAAAUCACAACAGCAAUGAGCAAGUGGCUAUGGCCACUGCCACAGCAGCGGUCAUGGCCUCUUCCUCAUGCUCAACGGGUUCACUGUCAUCGGCAUCGUCGACACCGACAACCAUUGCUGUCGCGGCAUCGCAGCAGCUGCCACAGCAGCAGCAACAAGCAUUGCAGCAACAGUCGCUGCCAUCGCCGCCAAAUUUAAUCGAUAUCAGCGAAGUUCCUCUCAUUGUGGAUGUCAAGUAGUGUAAUUAUUUAUGCAUAUUACAAAAAAAAACACACACACAAAACAAUACAAAAAAAGAAAAAAAAUAUCUAAUGAAAAAUGUAAAAACAACAAAAAAAAAUGAAUCAAGUAGCUUAAUUGUUUUUAAAUCUCCUUUAGUCGUUGUAUCCUGUACAUAAACAAAAGAUUUCAACUUUCUCCAAGGCCCCCAACAAAACAACCAACAACCAAAGGAGUUUCGCGUCUUGCUCAAGAUCGCCAAGCUGCCAAAUGGUUGCAGUUGAUCAAUUCUGGCCAAAAAUGUAGCGUCUAACGCUUAAAGUCGUUGCCAGUUGCCAUUUGCCAAUUGAAUGGGUGGCAUCUCUUUCUAUAUAAAUGUAUCUGUAUCGUUAAACUGUAGUCUGUAAUAUGUAAUCUGUAUCUGUAUAAUAUUUAAAGGCACUGAGUUCUACUUAAUUUUUAACGGAAAGCGAAAACAAGCAAAAUAUCUUAAAUGUUCCCCUGGAAAACAGACGAAUGCAAAAAAAAGACAAUGUAAAUGUAUGUUAGAAAAAACUAUUUAUGAAUUUCUUAUAACAUAUACAUACAUUUACCUAAUCAAAUUAUACAUAGAUACUUACUAACUAUGUAUAUACUAUAUAUAUAGAGUACUUUACUUUACUCUUCCCCCAGUGGUUUGCAGAAUUAUACCAAAUAUAUAUUUUUACUUUAUGUGUGGCAAUCAUUUUUUGUGUGCUUUAGCAAUUUUAUUUUACUUUAAGUAAAAUUUAAAUUUAAUAUUCAAUUUAAAUGAAAUUAAGAAUAUGAAAUUCUCAACUGCUCCAAUCGAAGGCAUAUCUCAAAGAUGUGUCAAAUUUGAAACAAUUUUAAAACAGCAUGCAAAAUUUAGCAAAUUUUUUAUUAUUUUAUUAACAUAUAAAAAAAAUGGGCAAAAACACCAGAUCAGUGCAAGUUUUCAGUUUAUUAAACGAUCUUUUAGACUAAGCAUUAUUUUAUUUAUAUG